CAUCUAACAGCUUUACGUCUAUUUUGGAGGCUGAUUAAAAAUGGAGUAGAGCUUACAGGUACACAUACAAACACGAUAGCUUUAUCCUCAUCUUUUUACAUUAACGGGUUGUUAUUUGAUAGGAAGUCAGUAACUCCUGCAAAAUGACAGAAGAAAAGAAGUCGGGCCUAGGCUUCUUUUCGAGCUACGACGAUUUGAGCGACAGCAGCGGUGGCAGCGACUCCGACCAGGAGGAAGACAGUCGCAAGAAGAAGCAGGGGACAGACGGUCCGGGAAACGGGGCUCAGUCCUCCAAACAAGGGACCAAACGGGCCGCCGGGGGAGCACCGUUACCCAAACCUCACGAGCUCUUCGGCUCCGUGUCCAAGCCUGCUUUUCUCUACAACCCGCUGAAUAAGCAGAUAGACUGGGAGAGUCUCACGGUCAAAGCUCCAGAAGAGCCUGCCAGAGAGUUCAAGCCAUGGAAGACAAACGCCGUACCCCCUCCUGAGAGCUACGCCACGGAGCCAGAGAAGAAGAAGGGGGCUCCCCCAGGCAUGGACAUGGCAAUAAAGUGGUCCAAUGUGUAUGAGGACAAUGGGGAAGAUGCACCACAGCCUUUCUCUGGCAAUGCUCGGUUCUUACCCGCAGAGGAGGAACUCUCUGAAUCAGAUGAGGAAUCUGAUAAGCUAGACCUGUCUGCCAAGAAACGUCGAGUGGAGACCUUCCAGCAGAAGGAGAAGAGGAAGAGGGACAUGGGACAAGCAACCUCUGACAAGAAUUUCGUAGAGGAGGAGAAAAGGAUCCUCAGGCAAAAUGUUGAUUGAGGCCUAAACUCUCCUGCCACAAUGAAUCUGGUUCUAAUUUAAAUAUUUUUUAUCCGCUCACAGACUUGGGUCAAGUAGGUGGGAUAGUGCAAACAUCAUUUGACUUAUAUGUUGACAUCAUUUGUAUUAUAGUAUUUGUUUGGUUUCCAAAAGACUAUCAGCACACUUUAAAAAGAAGUAUUGUAUAUGACAGUCUCACUGUAAAAAAAAAUUACUUCAACUUAAGAACUUAGAUUCUGGUAAAUCUCUGCAGACUAUUUUCCCAAAGAAAAAUUCAGGUGUUUUACAGAGUGGAUCGUGUUUUGUAGUUUUGUUCAUCAUCCUUCGUUGUUUUUACCCACCAACUCUUUUCCAACUACACAGGGAUGAGGGCUAUCACGAGACACAGCUUUACAACGUGCACUGGGCAUUACCAAACUAGUGAUUAGCCAGGUUUGGUCCUAGUUUGGCAUCAACUUUGCUGUACUUCCAAUAUGUAGUCUAGACAGCAAGGUGAAAUGAGACUUGCCUAAACUUGCCUGUUUGCUCCUGUUUGAGUUCCUGUGUCCCUGGGCCUUUGCAAAGGAGUUGGUGAAUACAAUGUUAUUAUAACCAAUCAGCAUAAAGGCCAAAUUAUUUGGCUCGCUGUGACAUUUUGAAUAUACAUGAACAUUAAUGUAGUUAGUUGGCUUUGCCUCCUAUUUGCUUUAAUUAAACAGCUAAACUAACAGUGACGUCUGUAUUUGUCUUGUAUUAUACAAAAUCUAAUCACCGCUGACUUGUGGAAUAUGUGUUGUGUGAAUACAGUGACCUUCCUUUAAAAAAUGGCUGUAAAUCUGUUAAAAUUACAUUUAAAAAAAAUAAAGUUAUUCUGACUUCUUAUGGGCACUAGGUGUCGCCCUUAAGCUACACUAGAAAAUACCCUCCGUGUUUGCAGUGACGUCUUCUGCACUUUGACACUGUGGACAUGGGGCAACCAAAUUACAGCCAGGGUCUGUAUAUAUAGUGUUUGUCAGGAGGGCAGUUUAGAUCUUCAUUUUGAAAUUUUGUCUCAUCUCAGUUCUCUUAAGAUACUCAAUGCAUACAGACUUCUUUUCAGUUUCAUGUACCUUGCAUGAAACACUUGUAAAUAAAACUUCUUGCAUGUUUAGUAUUUGAAGAUGUUUGUAACAUUGUACUGUUUUAUGUACAUUUUGUUACUGCCAGCAAAUCUGCUCAUUUGGUGUAAACUGUUGUACAUGGAUCAUUUUCAAAGUUUUCAGUGUUUGUCAUAAACCACUUACCCUAGGCAAUAAAAGGUAUUUUACUGGA